AGGAAGAAGGGCCUUGGCUGCAAUAUCUCAGUCUUAGACAGCACAGCAUUCUUUCAGUUCUCCUUCUACCCAAGAGUUUGUUUGCUGCUUUGCUGAGGAAUUACAUAUUCAAAUUCGAAGGAGAAGGACAGAAAGACACCAUGGGUGAAGGCGCUGGUGCUGGUCGACUUCGAGGGCACCAUGGGUGACGAGCUCACAGUGACGAUGGGGGAUAUGGUUAAAAACAUUACCAAGGCCAGCGAGGAGGGAUGGCUCGAGGGGGAGUUGGGAGGAAAGAGAGGCAUCUUCCCUGCCACCUUCGUCAAGGAGGUGCCAGUCUAUUUGAUAGGUGACAGCAAAAGGGAACCACGAAGCCUUAGAAAAACGAAGAAGAUGAAACAGACAAGGAAAUGCGAGGUAGCGUUUCCCUACAGCCCUAUGAAUAAAGAUGAGCUGGAGCUGGUUGUUGGUGAGACUAUAGAGAUCAUCAAAGAGAUUGAAGAUGGGUGGUGGAUGGGGAUUAAAAAUGGCCAAGUGGGAGCAUUUCCAUCAAAUUUUGUCAAAGAAAUUUUUGUUUCCCCUAAAGACAGCAAGCAGAACGAGGGCAAAACAAGACCCAAGCUAACUGAUGCAGUGUUCAAUAAGGAGAUAUCUCAAAGAGCAAGUGUGAGAAACAAAGCCAAAAAUGCUGUGGAGUAUUGUAAAGUCAUGUUUGACUACAAGGCCAAAGCGGAGGAUGAGUUGGAACUGAACAAAGGAGACGUUGUAGUGAUACUGAGAAAGGAAACAGAAGAUGAAGGCUGGUGGGAGGGAGAGAUUAACGGACGCUGUGGCUUCUUUCCUGAUAACUUUGUCAUGGUGAUACCACCAAUGGACAGUCUGCAAUCUGGGACCACAAGCCAACCGCCUACACGCAACUUAAACAAGAAACUCUCAGUGAAGACAGAGGCCUCAGCGAUGGAGAAAGGCGGUACAGCAAAGGCAAAAGAUGAUAAACCAGAGGCUAAGGACCUAAGAAGCAAUCCUCCAACCAAAGUCAAGCUGCCAUCCAUCAUCAAGCCCAGCCCGCCUCCAGUCAAAGACAAACCCAACAAGGUUUUACCCAAUAGAACUAAUGGUGAUGUGGCUCCUGUUUCACCAAAACAACCAGAGGAGAAAGAGACAGACCAGUUUGAUGGAGUGGAGUUGCAGACUGAAAAGCUGAGUCAUCCUACAGCAAACAGAGCCAAACCCCCGCACAGGAGACCCCCAUCAGGCCUGGCUACAGGAGUCCACGCCAAGAAUGCCACUGACCAGACAGAACCAGAAGUGUCAGCAAAAAAGGCCCAGACAGAGAAAUUCCCUGGCUUGCAAAAGAGUUCAGAACAUGUCCUGUCAUCACCUGCAAAGCCUGAUCAGCAACCCAGGACGCCGCCUCCAGUUCGACCAGCACCACCUAAAGUGGUUGUGGAUGGCAGAACUGUGGCCCACAAAGAAGAACCAACUGUGCAAAGCCUGCAGGCUGAGAUCAAAGAGCUGAGGAUGGCUCUGGAGCUGCUACAGACACGACACGAACAAGACAUGCAGGAAGUGAAAGAAGAACUGAAGGAGGAGAGAAACAAACGACUAGCGCUGCAGGACGAAGUGCACAGUUUGAGGAUGAAGCAUUAGUAAUCCAACACAGACUGAGACUGAGCUGCCUGCCUGCUCAUUGUGCCACGCAGGCUCUCAUACUGCAAAUUUAAACAAGAUAAAUAUUUUUCUGGCAUGGAAUGGAGAUGGAGAAGACAAGUGUGCUCUCCCACUGCAGACACAAGCGAGGGCUAAAUGAGAAAGUUUAGUUGAACAUUGGACCAAGCUAAUUCUGCACUGGACCAGAGAAGCAUGAUCCUUCAAAAGACUUUUAAAUGAUGUGCUGUUAAAAUCUUUACAUAUUUGAAUGCUGGAAAUCAAAUAUUGGUUGUCAGUAGGUUACGUUUGGUAGCAAAUUAAUGUAUUACAUUGUUCUGUUUCAACUGUCACCUUUAUUACUUUUAUAAUAGGUUUUACUGUGCAUUUACAAUAAUUAACAUUUACAUAAUUACUGUCUCAGCAGAAUAUGAAAUAUUGUGAUGUCUUUUGCAAAGACCUCAAAUAUAAUUUUAGAUCAUCCAAAGGGGCAUUGCUACCAGAAUGUUAAAAGAUGAAAUACUACUGUCAAAAACAUGGCUUAACAUGCAGGCAAUUUUUUUUCACCAGAAUGUAAUACUGCAUUAUUCCACUGGAGGGCACUGUAUUACUAUUCUACAUAAAGAAGUGCUAAACUUGUGAAUGCUAAGAUUGGUGGAAAUUGCUUGGCACAAGUGACCUCAUAAUAGAAAGCAAAAACAUUUCUUUCAGAUGAGUAAACGUGUAAGCAAAU